AUGACGGCUCGUCCUAACGAACCCGAUGCUGAUAAGAGGGCGAGAAUGUUCAAGGUGGUAUCAGCCUUUGCCUCGAACCAAGUGGUGAGUGGAGCGGGGACCAAAUUAUGGUGUAGCUUCAGCAAGACACCGGAAGAGAGGGCAGUGGCUGCACAUGCAUCCUUGAUCAAACGUGUGGUCGCCGAGUUUGAUGCCGACAUUGCACAGAACAGCUUGGAUUUUGAGUACAAGACGGGGACUGCGUGGGGUCCAGAUGGUAUGCUGUGUUCGGCUAAUCUUCCCAUUCCCCCGAAGCAUGACCACAAGGGAAUUGACGAGGUUGGCGAGGCACCGUUCAAGAAGUGGAUUGAUGUGGGGUUGCUGGCCAAGCUUGUCUCCAAGCCGCCAAAGAAAGUCAGGGAGAUGAUCGAGCAGUGUCGCGCUGGUGUGCAAGCAAGCGAGGCCCCCCGGUUAAACCGCGGGAGCAGUGAUUGCACAGAUGGAGGAGGGGCGACUUCGAGCUCCUCAGGGGCCGUGGAGAAUGGUUUUCACUUCAGUCUUUUCGGAUGGAACGUUGGUGGUUGUGACAUCUCAGACCUUGCCUCGGCGAUCCAGAAUGCUACCCGACGGCCCCUGGCUCCGGACGCUGUUCCUGCACUGCAGGAGCUCCCCCGUGCCGGGGUUGGAUGGGCGACGGAAAAGCAGGGAUCCCUCCAGAUACUUUCGCACAGAUCCGAUAAGGCAUGGCGUGGUGCUGGUGUUGCCUUCAAGUCUGAGGUGUGGUCGGUGGCGAGGAGGGUGGCGUCAGGAAGGGGAGUUUGGGUACAGCUCAAGCACAUGAAGUUUGGGUCGCUUGUGUGGGUCGGAUCGGUGCACCUCACACCCGGAGCGACACACUCGCAAUCGGAGCAGGAAAUGUCUGAGUUUCUACGGGGCAUGCCUAAGGGAGCCAAGUCGGUGGUGUGCCAAUGCGAUGCAAAUGCUGGGAUCAGGUGGUCGUUGCAAGAAGAACAAGUGAUGGCAGUGGGGUUGGAUGGCAAGGCGAAUGGGGUCUUGGAUCAGCUGAAGUGCAAGCAUCUACAGGUGAUUCCCCCCGCUGAGGAGCAGUUCGGUGUUCCCACGAGUAGGCCCCGGCAAGUAGGACGGCGAGGGCACAUCAUUGACUACAUGUCGGUGUCAGGGAUUGCAGGUGCCAGUCUCUAUGUGCAUGUUGACUCUCACAUUGUGCUGGGGACAGAUCACGAGCUUUUGGAAGGGAACCUGGUCAUUCGGAAAGGGUCAUCCAUCAGUCGUUUCUCCACGAAGCCAAGGGUGUGGUGUGGGGGAGUCGACAAGGUUGAAGACCUGGCGAUGAAGUGUACCAGGGUUGUGCCAGGUCGCAGUUACAGGGACCCGCCGGAUGUCAAGGCUGCUGUUCAGCGAGCCAGGCUCCUCAAGUCUAAGGAUGCUUGGACUCAAGUUCGGGGCCUCCGCAAAAGUGCCAGGAAGAAGUGGGAAGCCGAGAGACUUGCCAGGGCUAGCCAGGGCGAUUGGGGAGAGCUUCGAGGGUGCAAGCAAAAACAAACAGGGUGGGAGCAUGGCUUUGCCGAGGCACAGAAGGGCGACCCUCACACGGUGCUGCAUGAUCAUCUCGAGCAUGUGUACAGUGGGGAUGGUGUUCGGCCGAACGAGGGUGUCUACCCAGGGUCUACAAAGGGUUUUGACAUGCAAGAGCUUCGCGACGCACUUGGUCAGAUGAAGUCAGGGAAAUCGGUUGGGGUAGAUGGCACCUCAGCUGAGCUGUUGAAGGCUCUUGCUGACCUGCCUGGUGGGGCAGAGCAUCUCCUUGAGUUCAUGACCCGGACCCUGGUGACUCAUGAGGUCCCUCGGGACUGGAACGUCCCCCUCAUGGUCAUCCUUGCAAAGGUGGGCACGCCCACGGAAGCCAAGCACCUUAGACCGAUAUCCAUGGGUAGCGCUGCGGGCAAGUUGUUUUCUCGUAUGCUUCUGAAUCGCACUCUCCCCUUCGUUAGGGCACGUACCCACUCGCAGUGCGCCGGAGUGGGCAGGCAGAGUUCCGAUUUUCUGUAUUCGGUCUGGAGGGUUCUUAUGCUGGAGCGCAAAUGGCAUGCAGGAGCAUGUCUGGUUAAGUUGGACAUCGCCAAGGCAUUCGACACCGUUGACAGGGAACAGUUGCUUCGGAAGCUCCAGUCUAGGAUGGGAGAUUGCUCUGAAAUGCGGUGCUGGAGAGCACUUCUGCAGGAUGGGGAAGCUGUGCUCCAAUGCCCUUGGGGCACGUCCAUGCUGGGGAUGACUAGAGGCAUAAAACAAGGUGCAGUCGAGUCACCGGCCCUCUUUGCCAUGGUGGCUGAGGUGUGUCUUGAAGAAGCAUCGCAAAGGUUUCAGUGGCAGUCUCUUGGUGAGCUCUUUCCAGGAAUGCCACACCAUGAUGUGCUCUUCAUGGAUGAUUGCAUCAUCUGGUCUCGUGGGGUUCAGGGUUUGGAGCGAAAAGUUCGGCAGCUCAUGGUCGUGUUGUCUGAGUUCAGGCUGAAGCUAAACGGUGGCAAGUGCCAACUCGUGUGUUCGCCUCACUGGACAGGGCCUAAGCACAUCAUGAUCUCGGGUGAGAAAGUGGUGGCUGUUUCCGAGAUGGAGGUGAUGGGUUUGCCUAUGAGGGUUGACAUGACCACUUCGGAAUUGGUGGCCCCCCUGGUGGCGAGAGCACGGUCCAAAUUCUGGUCGCUCCAUCAUGUCUUUCGUUCCAAAACCUCGCUUCGCGGUCGACUUCGAACUUUGGCAACAGUGGUAGGUAACUCGGCCUUGUGGCCGCUUGCAGCUUUUCCGCCAGACCGUCCUGCGAUGGGUUUACUCAACACCAUGCAGUUGCAGGUUACCAUUUGGACCAUGAGGGUCGCGAAACGGCCUGACGAGGGGUGGGAUGCUUUCCGUCUUCGAGCUUACAGGGGUGCUCGUGCUGCCUUGCAUGCCAGUGGUACUGAACGAUGGUCCACCACCUGGUUGAGAAGGCCUUCCGUACCUUGGAAUGGUGGCACCAACAGCAACGAAACCCCCAUGGGCUCCGACACCCAAGGGUUGGGUGGAUGCAAUGGAUUUACCGUGGGCGAGUGGGAGGCAAACGAGGAUACAGGUUCGCCUGAUUGCAGCUGUGGCUCAGCUUUGCUGUGCAGCUACUCUCUCGUCUUUUGGUGCGAAGAUCGGCGGUUCCUGAAGGACCUCGGCCCCUCCCAUUACACGAUCAAGACGAAGAUGACUGCCUUCUGUGGUGAGGGGAUGGCGACCUGGGAAGCUCAGGGUGAAGAGUGCUUGGUGCUUCCUCGAUGCCCAGUGGGUGACUUCGGAGAGGGCGACCUGGCCAGCUCGGACAAAGGUACACCAGGGAUGAUGAGAUCGGUGACCUCCGCUGCUGGGCUUGUUCCACCUGUACUCGAUGCAGGACGAUGUGAAGGAGAUCGGCGGGAGAGGUACCCCGUGAUGCUCAACGGUUACACGAUGCACGAGCUGAUCCUCGGCAAGAAGGUCUGGGGCCUGCUUUGGGGCCUUGGCAUGGGGUGCAUGGAUGCCCGACUGGUGCUUGGCUAUGACACCGCUGCCGAGCUGAUGAUGGGCCGAGGUGCUCUGUCGGGGUUUUCCUGUGAGGCCUCUGUGGGCACCAUGCACGGGCGAAGGCCCUUUCAAGGGGUUGGCACGGAUGUCGAUGCGGAUAUGGUUGUCAUGAUGCAGAGGUACUUGCAAAAAGAUGUGAGCCCGAGAGCUGACGGCAUUCCCCGGCGCGACUUCGAGGAACUUGUGGCAGACUUCAGACAACUUGUGGAUGCGGGGGAAGGCCGACGAGCACGUAGGGAGCUGGUGCACCGGGUUCAGUGUCGACAGCCUGCACGAGUACUUCGGUUCAUGCAAGAUGUUUUGGGUGAAUGCUUGGAUGAUGAACUGCUGCUGCCCUUGGAGAUCCGGAGGUACCCAGUGGAUGUGGAG